CCAAAGGAAAGGAGGAGCAGAGAAGGAGAAGGAGAAGGAGGAGGAAGGGAAUCAUGUCAAUGUCAGAUGCACCUUUGCAAAGGAACGGCACCGCAGCAGCACCGAUGUCGUGUGAGGAGGCUCAGCUCCACAAAGAGAGGCUGCAGGCCUUGGCGGAGAAGCGUAAACGACAAACAGAGAUUGAAGACAAGAGAAGCCAGCUGGAUGACCUGGUGCUACAGCUGCAACACCUCAAGUCCAAAGCCAUGCGGGACCGCUGGCUCCUCCAGGGGACGCCGAGCGGAGGCCUGGAGGAGGAGGAGGCCCGCAGGAAACAGCUGGAGCAGGACGAGGAGCAGGGCAAGAGGCUGGAGGACCUGAUACACAGACUGGAGUCGGAGAUCGGCGCCCUGGAGAGCGAAGAGUCCCAGAUCUCUGCCAAAGAGCAAGUUCUACGAGAACGUCUGAAGGAGACGGAGCGCUCCAUAGAGGACCUGCAGAAGAGUCUGAUGGCCCAGGACGGAGUAGAUGCUACCGGCUGCAUGUCCGCGCCGCUCUCGGACCCUGAACGCCUCGUCCUGGACGCCCAGCCCCGGAGCAGCCUGCCCGCCUCUGGAGACCACGCCAUCCCGAGACCUGCAAUGUUUGCCAUGGAGAUCAACGUGCAGCAGGACCCGCAGACGGGCGAGCAGCGCAUCCUGUCGGCCAAUCGUGUGAGCCCGUUAGACUCGACGUCGCGCGGCGUCAAAGUCUACGACGACGGCAGGAAGGUGGUCUACGAGGUCACUUCCUCCGGGGGCGUGUCCACCACGGCCGGCGCCAUGGAGAACGGCUGGACCUCCGCGCAGCUCAACCAGCUGCUCCAGCGGGCGGCCAAUCCCGUCGGGCGAGGAGGAGGAGGCGGCGGCGGCGGCGGCGACGGCGGCAGGAGCCAGGUCACGGUGACCCAGGCGGCCGAGAGGCCCUACGUUUCCCCCGCGGACGUCGACGACCUGUCCCCGCCCUCCUGCGCCCCGCCGUCCGUCCCCUCCAGCCCCCCCGCACAGGUCACCCUGCAGAGGGAGACCCGGCUGGGCAUGAUGCCCCCCUCCUCCGCCCCCGUCACCACCCAGCCCGGCGCCUCCGCCCACCCCGGCCCCGAGCUCACCUCCCCGCCGCAGGCCAGCGCCGAGCACCCGGUCACCAUGGUGUUCCUGGGCUACCAGGACGUGGAGGACCUGAGCGAGAGCCGGCGGCUGCUGGGCUUCGACGGCGCCGUGAAGGCCGAGGUGGUCCUGAUCGACGAGGACGACGAGAAGUCGCUGAGGGAGAAGACGGUCACCGACCUGUCCGUCAUCGACGGCACGGCGGCCGACCUGGUGUCGGGGCGGCCGGCCACGUCCGAGGCCGCCAGCACGGAACUGUCGUCUGACGGCCGUGAGCCCGACAGCGCCUCCUCGCCCCCCGCCAACGCCGAGGCCAACAACCCCCCUCCGCCCGGCCUCACCCCCCCCACAGGUUACGGCCCAACACCGGGCGUUACCAUGACAACGGGAAACAACGGGUAUCAGGCCGGCGUUCCGACCAGACAACCACACACUGCUAUGAAAGCGUGGCGGGCAGCCGAGGAUGUCAGUGAGGCCGCGCCGCGAGAGCGAGCCCUGAAGAGCGUCAGUUUCCAGGAGUCAGUCAGCGUGAUCACUGACGGGCCUGCAGCCAGCAUGGAACUGGAGAGCCAGCAGAUCCAACAUGGCCGCCUCAGCAGCCCCGGUGUGAGGGUGGAGGCUGCGGACAGCGAGGUGGUCCAGGAGAUCUGCUACCUGGACCAGGUGUUGGACGCCGCCUCAGACACACCCACCAACGGAAACUCCUCCCCCUCAGAAUACAACAGACCAAUCAGCGUGGACGGGACGUCCCCGGCGGUCCGCGUGUCGGCCCCGCCCACCGCCAGCGAGCCGUCCAUCACCGUCGGGGGACAGCGGCAGACCACCUUCCUGUACCAGGACGCCGCCGACGGCAGGACCAACGGGCACGCGCAGGGGGCGGAGCCGGCGCCCGGCAAGGCCCGGUUUGAGCUGAGGGCGUUUCAGGAGGAGAGACGACCCGCCAAACUCUUCUCCCCCGGCGAGGAGCAGGAGGUCCGGGUGAGGAGGAGGCGGCCCUCCGAGGAGGUGCAGGAGUUGGAGCGUGAGCGUCAGGAGCUGAUCAGAGAUCAGGCGGUGAAGAAGAACCCGGGGAUCGCUCAGCGCUGGUGGAACCCGCCUCAGGAGGUUCCUCUGGAGGAGCAGCUGGAUCCAGAGCAGCUUGAGUCUCACAGGAAAUACCAGGAGAGAAAACAACAGAGACAGAAUCAUGCCUACACACACACACAGCCCCAGGUGUUAGGUCCUCCCACUGUGGUGACCUUUGACCCAGAGCUGACCAAGAGGGAGGACAUUGUGGAGGAGCAGAUUGACUUCUCUUCUGCCAGGAAGCAGUUCCUGCAGGGAGGGCUCACCAAAAGAGACGUGGCUCCUCAAAUCUACUCCGCCAAGCCCUUCUCCAAAUCUGGGACCCGGGUCAGCCAUGGGACCGGCGACUUUGUCCCAGAGACCGGCGAGGGUCACGUGACCUGGUCCGACGAGGGGGUCGCAGGAGAGUUCACGUGUGCGCGUGCUGUGAUGACAAUCCUGCGUGACGAGGAGGAGGCGAAGAGCCAGUCACAUCCGGCCUUUCACCCAGAAGAGUCUGACUCGGGAUUGGACGAGUUGUCUGUUCGCUCUCAGGACACUACAGUGUUUAGCCUGGAUAAUGUUUCCGACAGCGGGGCUUCACUUCCGCCGACUCCACUGCCACUGACCCCGGUGUCGCCUCCCACCCCCCAGCCAACAACGCCAGUCAACGGACAGACUGGCGGCAGUCCGACAGAGGAGGAGCUGGAGUACCACGCAGGCAUACUGGUCCAAAACGCCAUCCAGAAUGCCCUGUCAGCUCAGAAUGGAGAGGAAUGGCAGCCAUCUCACCCAGACUUGACUUCUCCUCAGCUGAGCUCCCCAGUGUCUCCAUCCUCUGCUCCCCAGCCUCUCCCACGCUCCGCCCAGCUGUCGCCAGUAUCGAGCAGCCCAGCGCCGGUUUCUUCCUCCCCAGUGUCUUCAGGCCCUGUCCCGGCUCUCUCGUCCCCUGUGUCUUCCAGUCCCGCUUCAUCCAACCCGUCCCCUCAGCCAGACAGACAGUCGGGGGUUACAGUCACUUUCCAAGAGAAGCCUUCAGACUCACAGCCGCCCCAGCUCCAGACGCCCUCCCCUCCCCAGUCCCAGCCCAUCUCCCCACCACAGAGGCCCAGAGAUGGCGGCCCUCGGAUCAAGGUCCAGUCUUCUUACGCCAGGGCGCUCGCCGCCUCAACCCCGGCUCCGGCUCCCGCCCCGGCCCCGGCCGCCCCCGUCACCAGGCCGACUCCAGUCUACCGUCCCCCCUCUCCUCCGAGUCCAGAGCAGCCAGAGUUCAGCUACUUCAGUAAAUACUCGGAGGCGGCUGAGCUGCGCAGCACAGCGGUGGCGACACGAGGCCCCGAGACGGAGGCGGCCAGCGGCCCGUUCCGCUUGCGCUCCAAGAAGCAGAAAACUUUGUCCAUGAUUGAGGAGGAGAUCCGAGCAGCGCAGCAGAGGGAGGAAGAGCUCAAAAAACAGAGGGAGGCGCAACCUCUCAUCGUCGUCCGCCCCAGCAACCCGCCGGCAAGCAGCCACAGCGCGGUGAGGACAGGGAUGCGGUCGUCCACCAUAUCCCCUGCGGAUAAAAUGAAGAGCAACAGCCUACCAACUAGACUCACCCUGACCGCGAGGACAACGCCAGGUAAGAUAGAGAAGGUGCGACCGGCACCACCUGUCUCUCCCUCACCCUCAGAAGGUGCCCUGUCCGAUGCCGGCAGCGAGGACUCCAGCGGGUCGCGCCCCAAAAACUUCAUGCAGACGCUGAUGGAGGACUACGAGACCCACAAAGUGAAGAGGAGGGAGAAAAUGGAGGACAACAGUUAUGCCCGUUUGUUGCUGGCUAACGAGGUGCUGGAGGCCACUCGCGUCACCAGGAGGAAGAGCAACAUGGCGCUGAAGUGGGAGGCGGGCAUCUACGCCAACGAGGAGGGGAAGGAGGAAGAGGAGGAGGAAGAGGAGGAGGAAGAGGAGGAGGAGGAGGAAGAAGAGGAGGAGGAGGAGGAGGAGGAGUAAGCUGCUCCUCGGAGACAAUCAGAGGCCAACGAGCGUCAGAGGAGGAGGAGGAGGAGGAGGAGGAGGAGGGAGAGGAGGCAGUAUUUAUUGUACUGAAAGUAUUCUGAUGAUCACAUGACCCGCCGGGGCCAAUCCCGGAGAUGCACCGACUUGUGAUUGGUCGAGCGGAGGACUGAGGGGCGUGGCUUACGGCAUGUCAAGCGUGGAGCGAGCGAGCGAGUGAGCGAGAGCGCAGAGGAAGUGAAAACAGAGACACGACUGAAGGCUUUUUGAUUGGAUUUGAUUUGAUUUUUGAUUUUGUUUGAUUUGAUCUGCUGGCGUUGGGUUGCUGUGUGCGAGCGGUCCUGCAGAGCGCCGCUGGAGAACAAGGUUUUUACUGAACCACCUGAUCAAUCAUUUCUAGAUUUGUAGGAUUUCUCACGUCGCAGCGGUUUCACUCUUCAAACAGGAGCUGAGAUGGACGGAUUUUUUUUGUUUUGUUUUGUUUUUGUUUUCAGGACGUCUGAGACUCGGCCGACACGGGUUUCACUGAAUCCUCUGCUGAAGGCUUUGGGUCGCCAACAGAGGAAACAAACAAAAGAAAAGGUGCACAGUAACAAGCAGGUGUGUGUUGAGGUGCAGGACGGCGCGUCAGACCGGGCCGCCGGCGUCUCGUCCACAGAAUCGCUCAGAAGACGCAGAGGACGACGUUUCCAACAGCUUUGUGUCUCCCGCUCAAACGGAGACGCCGUGUUGUUCCCAUCGAAACUCACGAGCUUCUUUAAAGGACCGCGCCAGUGAUUCUCACAUUUAGCCUCAUUUUGACAAAACACAUAAACUUCACAUUUCUGCUCAUUUUGAUGGUUUCCAUUCAUUCCACUACGACAUGAACAUGAACCUUCAGAGCCUUCACACUUUCUUCACUCCAGUUUUCCAUCAGCCCAAUAAAGUCCUCCACAUGAGUUUUCCUGAAAGCAGCAGCACUGUUGGCUUUUCAGGACAGACAAUCCCUCCGCCAGGGAAAAUAGUCCCUGCUGCGGGGGGAAACAUUUGCGGUGUGGUUUCUGAGUGUCGAGGACUUUGUUUGCCACACAAGCAGAACAUUAUGAGGCGGCUGCUUCAACCACAAACUCACAUUUGAAGACCCCAAUGAAAUAAGACUGUUGCUGUCUUGAUCUGGUGUAUUUUCUGUCGAAGCAGGAAGUUUGGGCGAGACAAACCCAACAGCAUCUCAGUUUGGGAGAGAAACACUAUUUUAUUUGAAUGUUCAGUAGAUGAGAGAGAGAUUUCUGAAGGUUUUAUCGGGUGAAAGUUUAAUUUCCAGCCGCUAGAGCAGGAUGACGUCACUGUUUAAGACGCUCUGUUGGACAGGAAGUGGAGGUGAUGUGAGGUCGUGUCAUGGGGGCUUAGAUCGUGUUGUGAAACCUUCAGUUUGCCAUGUAAAUCCAAAUCACUGGGCCGCUCCUUUAAACGAGUCCAGAGUCAGUUUUCCUCCCGGGUCGGACGAUGACGACGACGCAGAGACGAUCGGCGCCGUCGUCCCGCUUCCCUCGGCCAGGCGCUGCUGCAGUUUUUAUACUUUAUACGAGAAACUCCUCUUUUUAAGUGCCGACUGAGGCUCAGCUUCCACCUGCCAGCGCCUGGAAAUCAGCAUCGAAGGCGCAGGAUGUCCUCGCGCGCGUGCACGAGGCGAACCGAAACGUGCAAAACACAUCCGAGCGUCUCCUCUCCUGCGUCAGCACAGCCUCCCGACUCCGAGCGCCAACCUUCCAUCGCUAUUCCUCACAUCUACAAAGUGCAGUGUGUUCAAAAACCCAAACAAAAUUUCAAAAAGAGAGAGAGAGCGAGGGUGGCAGGUCAUGUUUGCGUCACUUCGGUGUGUGUUCAUUAAUAAAAGGCAGGGUCGGGGGGGUUUUGUAUUCUAAAAACACACACACACAAAAAAAAAAUCACUUCUUUUAGCUUGGCCGGCCGCGUCGCUUCUGUUGACUUUGUGCUUUCUGAUGUAAGCCGCUGUUUGUGUGUUGAAGCCAGGCGGGACAGUGUGUUAUGGGAUGUAUAUGAGGACGUAUGUUGAGAUUACCUUGCUAGCUGAGGAUAAAGUUUGAUGUUGAUGAAAUGAAAUAUAAUUGCAAAGGCUUUGUUUUUUUGUUUUCUUUUUUAAAAAGUUGUUAUACCAAAAGAGAACGUGGAGAUUUUAGAGUAGACCGCUGGUCCGACGUAUUCCCAGAGCUCUAUCUAUUUAAGAAACCGUAGUUUGCAUGACAUUUAUACCGCGCUUUUCCUAUUCGUUCACAAAACACACGAAGCAAAAGCUUGACGCCGACUGUUCUGGUGGAGAAGAAACGCCCGGUUUUUCGGAGGUUGGUCAACCCGCGGGCUUCUUCCACGACCGCACGGCGCUGUUUAUGUUCCUGGAGGAGAUUCUCGUGCGUUUUUUUUUCUGAUGAGGAACUUUUCUGAUUCCACGGCGAGGCCCCGGUUUCUGUUUGAAUCGAAAAGCGGCGAGGGCUGAAAGGGAACGAAGCCAGUUAAAAGGUCAAAACAGCAAAAAAAAAAAACAUGAUGCGAAACGGGAACCAGGACAGGGUUUGUCUUCUCAGAGGGGGAGUAGCGUCGCGGUAAACGCGGCGGGCGGCGUGUUUCUGAACCACUUUUCUUCUUCUUCUUCUUCGACUGAACCGAGGAGCGAAAAGCGUCGACUUUGCUCGCUCGUUCUCCGCCGUCUCGAGGCGUUUGAGCGCCUGGAUGUCGGCGGGUUGCUUUGAAAAAAAAUCCUGCAAACAAACCAAAGGUCCCAGUUCUGAUCAUCAGCCGGGGUUCCCUGCCGCGGUGUCCUUCAGCAAGGCACCGAAGCCCCGACCCGCUCGAACAGAAACGCACAGAGUGGUUGAACUUUGAGUCGGACUCCCCGCCUUUUGCACAAAUCGUAAAGACUCGCGGGACGUGCAGCGAUCCGCCGUGAGUCCAGGAGGAGCCGGCCGUCCUCUCAUCCACUUUUUUUUUUAGUUUCAUUUUAAUUUUUCCUUUUUCUCCGCGAGGGAGCCGCCGCUGCGUCUUCCCCGACGCUUCCACAAACCGAGGAAGCGAAAAAAACCCAGAAGUUGUGCCUCCGCGACGCGUCCCCGAACAAAAAGAAAGAAAAAAACACCACCGGUUCCUUUUCUGUGUGUCCAGAGAGACUCUGUUGUUGCUGUUGUUGUUGUUUUUUAUACACAUUUAAUAAUAUAUAAAGUGGAAAAAAGUAUUUAACGGGCUGAUGUCCCCUUUAUGAGACUGAGCUGUUUUGUUGCUGUGCAGGAAAAAUUUUUAAAAAAGGAGGAAGGGCGUCUCCUUCCUCACCACGAACACGUGCAGGUACAGCCGCCGCCGCCGCCGUCGACCUGAGAGUCACGACGCCACGAGACUGAAAGGAGACAAAAUAUUAAAAUUAAAUUCAAUUUAAAAAAACAGACGGAGUGACAGACACACACUGACAGGAAGAGAGCAAAUCAGAGGCUGAACUGACGCGUGGCCGCCUUCCUCCAGCCCAAUAUGAGAUUAAAACACACACACACACACACACACACACACUGAAACAAGAUUUAGGCUGUCAAAUGCUAUGAAAAACACGUUUUUUGGGGGGGGAUUUGUAAAAAUGUAAAGUGCGGUGUGUGAUGAUGCACUUCCCUGUGACAGACGGUCAACACCGGAUGGAAAACAGGAUUUUUUUUUUCUUAGUAAACAAAAACAGAUUGAAUUGUAAAGGCCAGCAGAUCCACAGCGGCCUCAACGCCUCAGUGUGUGUGUGUGUGUGUGUGUGUGUGUGUGUGUGUGUGUGCCACGGGAAUAAAGAUAACACAACUGGCCUCUUCUCCAUCUUAUCAUAGUCACAGCAAUACAGUGUAAUACUGUAUUAUUACACACACACACGCACACACGCACACAACCACACACUCAGAGGGUAAAAUCCUCUGCAGGACUUUUGAAAUAAUAACAAACAUCACACACACACCGAGGAGUUAUAAUUGUGUGACUUAUCAUUAUUAUUAUUAUUAUUAAUGUUAUUAUUAUUAUUAUCACUAGGCCUCUGUUGUUUUGGACUCAUGGUGCGGAGAUGAUUUUAUUUAUCAGGUUUAAAUGCUGUUGGCUUGUUGGGCUGCCCCUGCGAGCCGGAGGGGGGUGGAGCCGAGCCGAGCUUCACGUGGGACUGCAGCACCAGAAAAAAAAAAAAAAAAAAAAAAAA